AUGGGCUACAUCUCGAAACGCGCCCUCGACAAUCUGAUUCCAAACAAACUUCAUGAGAUCCGCUCCCAUUGCUUCCACAAUCAAUAUGACGCGCAAAACAAUCCAGACGGCAUUGUCGCCCUGGCCGUCGCGGAAAACAAACUCAUGCGCGAAGAGAUUGUUGACCAUAUCAAUAAGCAUAUGAACAUCAAUCCCUGGCAUCUGACCUAUGGCCAAGGGCCGCAAGGUGAUCCUGCCCUGCGAAAAGCUCUGGCCAGUGUCGUCCAAGAGGUCUUCACGCCGUCGACCGAGAUCACCGAAAGCCACAUCUGCAUAUGCAAUGGGGCUGGCAGUGCAGUGGACAAUCUAUGCUUCUGCAUGGGGGAGCCAGGAGAUGGUGUCCUCGUCGGUCGACCGCUAUAUGUCGGCUUCUUUCCAGACACUGAAGCUCGAGCGAAAAUCAAGCCUGUCCUCGUCGGCUUCGGAGAUGUCAAUCCCACAUCCGCAGCCGCCGUGUCUGCUUACGAAGAGGCAUUCCACCGUUCCAAUGCCGCGGGAGUGACCAUCCGCGCCAUCCUGAUCUCGAGCCCACAUAAUCCCCUCGGCCGCCCAUACUCAAACGACUUUCUCAUUGGUAUACUGAAGCUUUGUUCCAAGCUCAACAUUCACUUAAUCUCGGAUGAAGUCUACGCGAAGUCACACUUCCCGAGCAAAGAUAUCCCCGAGCCGCCGCCGUUCGUAUCAGUCUUGUCCUUUCCCCUGAAGGAGUAUAUCGACCCAUCCCUAGUACAUGUCAUAUAUGCCAUGAGUAAGGACUUUUGCGCCAACGGAACGCGCAUAGGGGCGCUCAUAUCCCCUUUCAAUGUGCAGCUUAUGAGAUCGUUCCGUGCGGUCGCCAGCUUCACGAGGGCCUCGCAGCUUGCGGAGCACUCGUGGCUAAAUCUCAUCACGGACAAGCCAUUUCUGGAAACGUACUUUCCUCUCUUUCAGUCUCGCAUGACUGAAGCGUAUGAAUUCACAACGUCCUUUUUGAAAGAAAAGAACAUUCCUUACAAUGCGGCGAGCGUGACGAGUUUCAUCUGGAUCGACCUCUCGAGAUACUUGCGUGAGGACAGCCUGGACGCUGAACUAGAGUUGAACUGGCGUAUGGCACGGGGAGGUGUCUGGCUUGCAAUGGGUGCCAGUUUUGCUAGUGAGAGGAAUGGCAAUUUCAGGUUGACCUUUGCCACACCGAGGGAGGAAUUGGAACUCGGUCUCGAAAGGUACGUGGUGCGAGAGUGGGAUCAUUGCUAG